GCUUGUGAUUUCAGAGAUUCAUCAAUACCUUAUCUACUCAAUACAUGCCACGUACAUACAGCAAACCUCGCCCCCAAAAUCGUCAGCUACUCGAUUCUUUGAUACAGCGUUGUUGUCUUUCUCGAGGCACCACAUCGUCCUCGACAGGUAUACAACAAUGUCUUUUCUCGCACCCAACGCAACCGCAUCACCUACACCCUCAAACGCAUCCAGCACCGGCCAGAAACGUAAACGACCUGCCCCUGCCGCCUCCAUCCAUUCUAAUCUUGGUAAUGGGGGUGGCCCACAUCUCUCCGAAGGCGCCGCGCAACUUAAAGCCCAGGUACACUUCGCCGUCACCCGCCUCAAAUCCACCGACAAAGCCGUCAGCUUCCAAGACCUUAUCGACUACCUGUCAAUUUCAGACCCCGGUUUUCAAGAGCGCUUACGCUACGCCCUCCCACGUCAUGACCAGAUCGAGUUCAACCCGAAGGGCUUCAAUGGCGCGGGCUCGUAUCGCUUCCGGCCGAAACACAACGUGCGCUCGGGCGAAGACCUCAAGGCGUAUUUUCAAAAGCAGAAGGUGUCCCUCGGGCUGAACGCAAAGGAGCUUAAGGAAGGCUGGCCUGGCGCAUGGGACGCCAUUAACGAGCUCGACAAGAAAGGCGAUUUACUGGUCAUCCGCAACAAGAAAGAGAAUACGCCCAAAUAUGUGUGGCAGAAUGACCCGACGCUUUCUGCGAAGAUCGAUGCGAAGUUCUGCGACCAGUGGCACACGAUUGCGCUGCCGGCAAAUCCGGAUGAGUUGAGGAGUAAGCUGGAAGCGGCGGGCUUGAAGCCGACUAGUGCGCCGAGGGAAGGGCUGACUGGGCCGAAGGUAAAGGAAAGGAAGAAGAAGGCAGCGAGAAAGAGUGGGAGACAGACCAAUACACAUAUGGCGGGUAUCUUGAGGGACUACUCGCACAAGCGCAAAUAGAAGGCCCAGUCAAGACGGCAAGGCUGCAUGCAAUAUCAUUGUUUUCUAGCGGGGCGUUAGUUGGCAUCAACAGGCAUUGGCUGGCGUCUAAAUCGAUAUUGAUACAGCUAGUGGCUCAUUCCUUUGGACACUACUUUAAUUAUAAUGCUCGUGUAUGGAUCUGGAGAACUAUGCUCGUAGUUAAAAGCUGUUGUGCAAAGGUAUGCACAUAUACAACCUAUACAACAAGAAACAUUCCACGGAAGCCUCCUUACAACCUCUUCCGUGCCGCAAAGAAAUAGUUCCCAAUCUUCUCUCCUCCUUGAACCUCCUUCC